CGGGUCCGUGCGAACACGCGUUACCAAGCUCGCUGCUCACCAUGUCUGACCAGGAGCCUCGAGUUCUCGCUCAGGACAAUACCACCAUGGAUUCUGAGUCCACUUCUCUCCUUGAAAGUGCCCGAAAGGCGACGCGUCCGAGCCCUCUACCCAAAUUGCAGCUCGCCGUGGUGUACGCAGUCAAGUUGAUGAUACCGCUGGCAACAACCCAGUCUAUGCCGUACAUCAAUCUCCUCGUCGCGGAACUCGUUGGGUCGGAUGAUGCAGACACAGGAUACUACAGCGGGCUAGUGGGAUCCGCCGGGUCAAUAGCUCACAUCCUGACCAUAUACGCCUGGGGGCGUCUGUCCGACAGGUAUGGAAGAAAGCCGAUCAUCAUUUCCGGGACCGCCUUGACUGCGGUCUGUACGCUUUUAUUUGGCCUCUCUCGGUCAUUCUCCUCGGUUCUUGUAACAAAGUUCCUAAUUGGAGGAUUUUCUGCGACCACUAGCGCCAUACACUCCGUCGUUGGCGAGCUCACAGACUCUACAAACCAGGCAACUGCAUUUCCUCUCUAUGAUAUUGUCUCUGCAGUCGGCUUCGCACUCGGUCCUCUGAUCGGGGGGACAUUUGCCAACCCCGCUACCGAGUAUCCGGGAUGGUUCGAUACACCAUUCUGGAGAAACUACCCGUACUUUCUCCCUUGCCUAAUUACAACAUUAUUGGCGUUAGUCGCCCUAUUUUUGGCUAUUUUUGUCUUAGAAGAGACCCUUCCGGGAAGAAUUGCGCUACUCAAGGAUCUAGAUGAAGACUCUGCGCUCAUAGAGUCCUCGGAAAGUACGAUCGACGAGGCCGAAAUUAUGGAUUCUCCUUCCAAGCCACUCGGCGUCAAGGUCCUCCUGUCCACGCCCGUCAUUUUAAUGGUCUGCGCGUCCAGCGGCGCACUGGCCUUCGUCGCAAGCUGCUUUAACACCGUCUUUGUCCUCCAAUCCUACACCUCCGUCGAGAACGGCGGCCUUGGGCUGAAGCCGGCCCAGAUAGGCCAAGCGCUAACGAUCAUGGGCACCGUCUCAAUAUUUCUCAAGCUAUCACUGCCUCCGCUCUUGCGGCGCUUCGGCACGCUGACGAUGUUCCGUUUCUGCAUGCGCUCGUGGCCGGUGACGUUCGCAUCCAUGUCGCUGCUUUCGCUGAUCGCACAGCGAGCAGUCCAGCCGGAGGGACGUGCGGUGGAAUGGGUGGCCGUCAGCUUCGUGCUGUUCCUCUCGCGCAUCGGCACCAUGGCAUUUUCAAUCAUCAUGCUUCUCACGAAGGACCACACGCCCGGUACCUCGUCGCUCGGGACGUCCAACGGACUGGCAGAGUUUGCUCAGUCACUGGCGGCGGUCUUCUCCCCGACGAUCGUCAGUUCGUUGUUCGCCUUCUCGGUGUCCAAGCACGUGCUCGACGGUCACCUCUGGGUAAUCAUCAUGGUCGUCCUUGCGGUCUUCAGCGGAACGUUCGCAGAUCGGCUGAAGAAGUUCCGCGAU